UAAAGUGACGUAAAAUGGAGAAAAAAGAAGAUGAAUUAGUAGGAAAAACAGCAGAAAACAAGAAAGUAGUACUAAAAAACUACGUAAAUGGAACUCCAAUAGAAACAGAUAUGGAAGUACGGAAACAUGGAAAUCCAAUCAAACUGGAAGCUCCAAAAGCAAGUGUUUUAGUCAAGAAUCUGUAUCUAUCAUGUGAUCCUUACAUGCGUGGCCGUAUGCAAGACUUCCAUAAAUCCUAUGUCCCUCCUUUCUCCCCUGGAUCUGCGAUAGAGGGGUUUGGGGUGUCAAAAGUGGUGGAUUCUGAUGACCCAAAUUUUAAAAGAGGGGACUUGGUAACAGGGCUUACAAGUUGGGAAGAAUAUAGUGUCAUCCGAAACACCGGACAACUGAGAAUUAUCCAACAAGAUGAUGGAAUCCCUCUAUCUUACCAUGUUGGUCUUCUAGGUAUGCCAGGGUUUACAGCUUAUGCUGGUUUUUACGAGGUUUGUGCUCCUAAGAAAGGAGAGUAUGUUUAUGUAUCUGCAGCUGCUGGAGCCGUGGGACAGCUUGUUGGUCAACUUGCCAAGCUACAUGGAUGCUAUGUGGUUGGAAGUGCUGGCACAAGCCAAAAGGUAGAAAUUUUGAAGAAUAAGCUUGGAUUUGAUGAAGCGUUUAAUUACAAAGAAGAAUUAGACCUUGAAGCAACUUUGGCCAGGUAUUUUGCUCAAGGAAUUGAUAUAUACUUUGAUAAUGUCGGUGGACCUAUGCUUGAUGCAGCACUUGGAAACAUGAGAGUCCAUGGCCGUGUAGCCGUCUGUGGGAUGGUUUCUCAGAAUAGUCGAACUGAUACACAAAGUUUUAGGAACAUGUUUGGUCUUAUAUCAAAGCGUAUAACAAUUAAGGGAUUCCUUCAAAGCGAUUUCUUGCACUUAUACUCCCGGUUUUUGGAAGAUAUUACUGGUUACUACAAGCAGGGAAAGAUUGUAUAUAUUGAAAACAUGAAUGAUGGUCUUGAAAGUGCUGCAACUGCUUUUGUUGGACUAUUUUCCGGCAAGAAUGUUGGUAAGCAAGUGAUCCGUGUGGCUAGCGAGUAAUUCAGGUUCCUGUUUCUUUCAAAAUAAAAUUUCUAUUCUGUUGUAGCAUACACAAAGAUAAGAUUAGUGAAUGGUUGUUUAGAGAACUAUAUGCACUUUGAUUAAUGAAAAUUAGGGUUGCUUGUUACUC